AUGACUCUCCAGGCUGACUUUGAUGGGGCUGCAGAAGAUGUAAAAAAAUUAAAAACAAGACCAACUGAUGAAGAACUGAAGGAACUGUAUGGAUUCUACAAACAGGCUACUGUUGGAGAUAUUAAUAUUGAAUGCCCAGGAAUGCUAGAUUUGAAAGGCAAAGCCAAAUGGGAGGCAUGGAACCUGAAAAAAGGUAUAUCAAAGGAGGAUGCCAUGAAUGCUUAUAUUUCUAAAGCAAAAGCAAUGGUAGAAAAAUAUGGGAUUUAG